AUGUCGUUGCGCAAGCUCGACAUUGUAUGCCACCAAGGGCUCCAGCACUAUAACAAGUGUCGCGAAUGCAUCUUCCAACGAAUGCAACGCCUGCAAGACGAGGCGGGGCUCAUGCUUGCCCGCUCCUGCCCACACCUCAUCGAGUUUGGCUCGCUCCGCAAAUGUUCGUCCCGUUGUAGUGGAGGAAGCAAGUUCAGCCCUUUUUGGAGGAUCUGGGAAACGCUGCCGAAUAUUCGCACGGCCACUCUCCAAGGAUACUAUUUCCGCAGUUGCGGCAUCGAGCCUCGCGUGCUUGAUCGUUUGAAAGCUCUGGAGUCGGUUCGGAUUAAGGAUAUGUUAGAGCAUGCUGCGCUUCUCGGUCCCGUCGUCACGAGCAUAUCAGAUCGAUUCCAACGCAGUGGCGACGAUCCCAGUAUACGCGCGCUUUCAAAAUGCGUCGGAUUAUCUGACUUGCGGCUAAGCUUAAGGCCUGACGACCGCGACCUUCGUGCGCUCAAUCAUGCAGUGCACUUCAUGCCGGUACUAAAGUACUUGAGUCUCAGAUGGGCUUGUGGCCUGCAAGGAACGAAUUUCUUAAAGUGCAGAUAUAUCAAGACAGCUCGAGAUGGGAACAUCAGCACAGGUGUGGCCGUCUUCCCAGAGUUCCAUGUGGAAACGGUUGAGUCAGUCAUGCAGCUUGUGCGACAGACGCCUGUAUUGGAAAGUUUGGAGCUUUUAGAUGUGCGCAUUCCCACAGAAGGGGUUGUCGAUGUCUUGAGGCAUCUUGGAAAUCGGUUGAAGCAUUUUGGAGUCUCUUUGAGCAGACAGGCCGACUCGAGUUUCGAGCGCUUCCAAAUCCUGAUUGCGACGAUUUGUAAAUAUAACUGUAGGUUGGAGUCGGUCUCAUCGGGGCUACGGGGUACGGCAGCAAAUGCGCUUUCCCUGCAAAAUGUCAAAAGGGUGCAUCUUUCGGAAGCCAAUGUGGGCCUUCUCGAAGAACGGAAAGGAAAGCUGGAUGAAAUGUUGCGGUCCGUGAGCCGGUGGGUCCCGUUUUUGAACCCGAGCAGUCUCAAAAGCUGGUUAGAUGAUGUGUCAUGGAUUGAGGUCAAGUAUUCUGCUGUACAUGUAUGGUAGAAGUACAGCUAUGUAGACAGCACGUCCUACUUCCCAUCAGUGCGCUGCAGCAUUUGGCGAAAGGCAGCAGUUGAUGGUUGGUCCGAAGGGUAAAGGCAGGGCGGCACAAAUGAACUAGCAGGUUGCGUCUACAAAUGAAGUCGUAGGCUGCAGCCCGCUCGCUGCCGAGAUGGAUGGUGACCUCGGCCAGAACCAGUGGGUACACUUAAGGAAGAUUCUGUACGACUAGGAGAUGCGGUAAUUGACACCCAGUACAGGUGACUACAGCAUUCGGACGUGGGCAGCUCAACCUCGGGAAUGCACCAAGGGAGCAUGUAAAGGCACAGAACGGUACGGUACUAUUGUACACUUGAGACGAAUGUACGGCAUGUGCCGUGCAUCGGGCGAUCAGAGGAGGAGGCGGGAGGUAUGAUGAUGGCAAGAUUGGGAAGAAGGUCGGAUGCCCAAAGAGAAACGGGGGAAAGGUACCAAUCAAACUCGAUACUGACGAGGAGCGUCUUGCCCAGAAAGGGGGUUAGGGCACGUUCACGCCGUUGUGGUAGUUGAAGUAGUGAAGUAUCAUACGGACUCCAAGGUGUGGUAAUUCACCAACCAUUGUUCAAUUUCAUAAAGUUGCAUUUGCAUGAAGGAUUUGAAA